AUGUCAAGUUCAGGAUUCUAUUUCCCAAGCGCAGCUCACAUGCUGGAGACAAACCUUACGAGUGCAGGAGAAAUAACUACACGUCAAAAUGAAUGUCCAGAAGAAUUGGAAGGUCAAGGACCUGCAAAAGGUUUUACAUGUGAUAUAUGCAAAAAACAAUUUGGGGAUAAAAAAUAUUUAGAAGCUCAUUCAAAACAUCACACUGGUGAUUAUCGAUUCUCAUGCGACAUUUGUGAAAAGAAAUUUAACACUCAGUUCGCUUUGAAUACUCAUAAAGUCGACCACGCCGGAGGAAGACCUUUUAAGUGUGAAAAAUGUAACAAAGGAUACACAACGAAAGGUGCUUUAAAUCUACAUUACAAAGUUCACAAUGAGGACUAUAAAUACGCGUGCCAUCUGUGCAGUAAACGUUUCAUGAUAAAAGAGAUAUUAAACGUCCAUAUGCGCGUACACACAGGGGAAAAGCCUUAUACAUGUUUAACAUGCGAAACUAAGUUUCGCUAUAGAUAUAGCUUGAAACGACAUCUAUUGGAUAAACACAACCAAAUUAUGGACAAACAGUUCGCUUGUGAUAAAUGUGACAAACGAUUUGCUUUACAAGGAACUUUAGCAAAACAUAUGAACAAACACACUCGGAAGGAAAUUGCUGAAAAAAAGAGAGAGAUAGAAAAGGAAACGGGAGAGAAAAAGGACGAACUAGCAUUUAUGUGUGAAAUAUGCAGCAGAAGAUUCUCCACGAAAGGUAUUCUAAAAACCCAUAUAAAUACACAUGGGGAAGAAAAGCCUUUCGAGUGUGCACUGUGUCAUAAACACUUCCGAACUAAGAUGAACUUACAAGACCAUAUGCAGGUUCACGAGGAAAAAAAACACUUCUGUGAAGUAUGUGGUCAGCCAUUCAGACACAAGUCUGCCUUGAAUGUUCAUAUUCGAAGAAUGCACUCCGGAAACAGACCACAUGUUUGUGACAUUUGUAAAAAAAGUUUUGUAGUUCUUGCUGAACUAAAAAUCCAUCAACGGAUACACACUGGAGAAAAGCCGUAUGCUUGCGAAAUAUGUUGUAAGAAAUUUCAGGGACUUAGAAAAGUUAAGAAUCAUCUAAAAAAUGUCCACCACGAGCCGCCUACGAGAUAUGUUAUAUUGACAGAAUUUAAUCAAUACGACUAAAUUAAAAAUUACUUGUGCAAAAUACAUUAGAUAGUAUGGACUUUAAGAAAUACUAUCAGUUUUUGAAGUUAUAUAGUCAACAAAGGAGUGUUACUAACUUACUAUAUAACUUCAACAUUUUAUGAGCGUAAGUUUUAAGAUAAAUAAUUUUUGUUAUACUAGUUAUAUUUUGAAAUUUAUCCUGGUUUGGAGGUACAUGAUUGUACAAGAAAGUAAAUGCAAAUUAGUUAUUCUACGAGAUGAAUAUUAGAAUUGAUAUUUAUGUUACAUGAUGCUUUGUUGAUGUUUAUUAUUACGACAUGAUUACACUGAUUAAAUAAGCAAUGCCACGUGUUUAUGUAUUACCUACUUUAGAUUUGGCACUUGUUAUGUUAUGACUAAUAUGAUUUUUAAACUUGAAAUUGUAUCCGUCACCCUAAGGCACUGGUCCCACCGCGAGCUAGUAAACUAUGAGCUAUCGGCUAU